CAUUGCCCACUCCCUGCAGAGACCCUUUCUUCCUCCAUUCUUCUGGCUGCGUCUGCCUCAGCUUAUAGGGGCAAAAACAAAAUUCAGUCAAGAUGUCGGAGAAAAAGAUGUCAUCGAGUCGCAAGCAUCAUCUAAAGAGCUUGAUGCUUUCCAUCGCUAAGGGUUUACUGGAGCAGGAGGUAAAUGACAUAGAGGUGGAGAGGCAGAGAUACAUGGCAGAAACCUGUCAGCCUCUUUCCCUACCUGGAUCCAUGCAAGCAUUACAGGAACUGUGCAGAGAUCUUCAUCGAAAAAUUGAUGUCAUUGAUGAGGAAAGAUAUGAUCUGGAAAUGAAAGUCAACAAAAGUGCAAAGGAGAUAGAAGACCUGAAUAUCAAAGUUAUUGACCUGAAGGGCAAGUUCAAGAAGCCAACGCUGAGGAAAGUGCGCAUGUCCGCCGAUCAGAUGCUUCAGGCUCUGCUGGGCUCCAAACACAAGGUCUCUCUGGACCUGAGAGCAAACCUGAAACAAGUCAAGAAGGAGGUCAAAGAGGAGGAUAAAGAACUACGUGAUGUUGGUGACUGGCGUAAAAAUGUUGAAGACAAGGCUGGCAUGGACGGCAGGAAGAAGAUGUUUGAAGCUGAGGCUUAAAUUUAGCUUUAGUUCAUUAUGCUGCUUAAUU